AUGAAAUCACUAUUUAUCCUAAGAAAUAAUAAUAAUAGAAAAGGUUUAUUAAAAUUUUAUUCUCCACCCUUGAAUUCAAUUCUAUUAAAUGUGAACAAUAAUAAUAAUAAUAAUAAUAAUAAUUUCAAAAAAUCAAACUAUUGUACCAUCACUCCAAACAUAAUUCAUAAUGAUAAUAAUAAUUUAGCACCACAAUCUUUUAUACCAAUAUCGUCAAUUGAAAAUGAAACUUUAAAAUCACCACACCAACAACACCAACAACAACAACAACAACAACAACAACAACAACAACAACAACAACAACAACAACAACAACAACAACAACAAUCUCAAAAUAAUAUUAUUAAAAAUCAAAAAUUUAUAUCAAUGUUAACAACUAAUAUGAAGACUAUACCAAAAUAUAUACCAAGUAGUCAAUUUAUUAUUGAAAAAACAUUAGAUCCAACAUUAAUUAAAACAUCAGAACCAAGUGAACCAGUUAAAGUAAAGAAUAGAUAUAUUAUUGUUGGUUUAGGUAAUCCUGGUACAGAGUAUGUAAAUACAAGACAUAAUAUUGGUUUCUCUGCAAUCGAUCAUCUUUGUGAAUUACUUGAUUGUAAUUUGGAUCAAAAUGCCAAACAUUCUCUCUACACAACUGUAUAUUUAAAAUUGGAUGAAAAAUUAUCAAGUAAACAAAGAGAAUCAAAUCGUAAUGAAAAAAAGUUAAAUCAUUCAAAACAACUUGAAUUACUUAAAAAUCAAUUUAUUAAACAACAAGAACAAGAAUUAUCAUCAACAUCAACAACUACUACUAAUACUACACAAGAAUCACCUGUAAAUAUUCAACAACAACAACAACAACAACAACAACAACAACAACAACAACAACAACAACAACAACAACAACAAAAAGAAGAAAAAGAAGAAGAAGAAGAAGAAAUUGAUUUAAGUUCAAUUAAAAAACCAAAAAAAGUAAUUAAUCAAGUUAUACUUUUAAAACCAAUGACAUAUAUGAAUGCAAGUGGUAAUCCAUUAAGAACGAUUCAACAGAAAUAUAAUGUACCACUUCAAAAUAUUUUAGUAUUAGUUGAUGAUAUUUCCACAGAUAUUGGUGUAAUUAAAAUGAGAACUAAAGGUGGUAGCGCAGGUCAAAAAGGUAUUGAGAGUGUUAUCUCUCGUUUAGGUACUGAAAAGUUUUCACGUAUAAAAUUUGGUGUUGGUGUUCCAAAUGCUGGUGAAAUUCGUUCAAACUUUGUUUUAAAGAAAUUCUCACGUGAAAAGGAACAUUUAUUAAAAGAAUCAAUUGAUAAAGCUUCUCGUUAUUCUAUUAUGUGGUUAGAAAAAGGUUCUGAUUUUACAAUGAAUUUAAUUAAUAAAUAA